AUGUUGUCUGCCCUACUGCGACCCUUCCAGGGUAGUCGUCAAGCCGAUGACCAUGCGGACCUCGAGCACGACAUAGCAUUCCGCCCCUCAGUUGCCGAAUACCGCAGCCAUCUUCAUGCCACCGCGGAUUUUACCGAGGCUGAUGACGACGAGGAGGAGUCCAACGAUGGCGAGCAGUCCCGCUACCCCCUCGCGGGCCGCCCUGACGAGGACGAGGAUGGCAUGGCUCGAUCUACCGGGCUCCUGCCUCGCUUUUCGGCCGGUCACCUAGACUCGCUACCCAUAUACAACAUGACCCACGCAAUCCGCGCCAUUGUCCAAGCCAGGACUGAGACCACCCUGACCUGGGACCAACUGAGGUCCCCCCAGGUCUCGCAGUUCCUGGUCAAGCCCAUGUUUCAGCAGAUCCGCGCCCACCACUUCUCCCCGGGUACUCUUUUUGCUUUGAUGGCAAACUGCCUACAGUUUGAGAAGGAAGGCCAACUGUACCCAGCAAGUGCCGGCACAAGUGCGACCAUGGCAAGGGUGUGCGAGUUGUUGGCUAUCAAGAUGCUCAGGGAGUACAGGACUAGAGAGCUGAUCGAUGCGCUUUGCCACGACUUCUACCCACUCCAAGGCGUUGCGGGAUCACAGACACCUCUCGCCGCAAGGGUAGGCGGCCCAAAGCCGGCCUUUCCGAGGACUUCGACCCUCGAAGUUGCCAUUCGCGCCUCUGCCAAGCACUUCGUGUCCCAUCCUCUUGUUGUGCAGCAGCUCGAGGCGAUCUGGAACGGCGCCAUCAGCUUUUCGCCGCCUACCGAGGUAUUUCAGCCCCAGGGUUCUGCGUCAAGCAUCGCCUCGAGCAACCCAUCUCGGCGCCACAGUACGGUUCGCUCCCCUUUACUGGGUGACCGGCGAGCUAAAGAGAGCCCUGUUGGGCUCCCAUCAUCCUUCGUCGGCCGCCGUCCUGUGACAUUGUACAACCCGAGGACUGCUUCCCUAUUCAGCCUGUCCCGGCUCCGAGUCCCCCGUUACCGGCAGUUUUUCUCGACAGGCUCCCUAGCUGUCUUGAUCUGCCUGUUUCUAGCGGUCCUAAGCCAAAGGUCGAGCAAGAUCACGAGCUUGGAGCUGCUCUUUUGGUUCUGGAGCGCCGGCUUUAUGCUCGAUGAGCUGGUCGGCUUCAACGAGCAGGGUCUCUCAUUCUACGUCAUGAGCUUUUGGAAUAUUUUCGACCUCGGCAUCCUUCUGCUCUUGAUCAUUUACUACUGCAUGCGCAUCUAUGGCGUGUUCCUCGUUGAUUCUCACAAAUGGAACCAGAACGCUUAUGAUGUCCUCGCCGUCAACGCCAUACUCUUGCUGCCAAGGAUCUUCGGCGUGCUAGACCACUCCCGCUACUUCUCUCAGCUGCUGAUAGCUCUGCGAUUGCUGGCAAUCGACCUGGCCGCUGUCUCGGUCCUUAUAUUCAUCUGCUGCAGCGGAUUCUUUGUGUUCUUCGCCUUUUCUAAGCCCGCCGAUAAUACCUCGGCGCUGGGUUACAAGAUGUUUCAGAUCCUUAUGGGCUACACCCCGUCUGCUUGGGAGUUGUGGCCAUCCUACAACUGGUUGGGCAAGACCCUCUUGGGCCUAUUCCUUGUUAUCAGCCACUUCAUAAUUCUAACGAUGCUCGUCAUUAUCUUGAGCAACUCCUUCAUGUCUCUCACUUCAAAGGCGAGCCAGGAGUACCACUUCACAUUUGCCAUCACUACCAUAUCCAUGGCCAAGAGUGACGCCCUUUUUGCCUACGCUGCGCCGGGCAAUCUCUUCGCAUGGGCUCUCAUGCCCCUGAGAUACUGCAUGCCGAUAAACCGGUUCGUGCAGCUCAACCGUGCAGUCCUGAGGGCGACGCAUUUUCCGCUGCUUUUCUGCAUCUAUUUGUACGAGAAAUAUCUCCUGUCGCCUGGCAUGUUCGAGGCGACGGACCUGGUAGACAAACUGCCCAACGCUCGCUUCCAUUCGUCUUCGGACCCGGCAACUAUGUCGGCCUUUUUCAGCCCCAGCAUCCGAGUGCGUCAAGAAUCCGUGGUGGGCUUCCACAAGGAUCGCGCUCUAGAAGAAGUCUUCCGGCGCGCCCCUGACACGAGGCCGCAAAGACGUCAUGAGCGGAGGAAAACACAAACUGCGAUCCGGACGUGGAUGGACCAGCACGAUGGAGCCUACACCUCGCCGCAGAACUAUUCAACCAUCAACAGCAGGAUAGGCAGUGACUGGCUCAAGAGGUUGGAAAUGAACCGCGAGAGGCCGUCGAGGUUUCCAAGGCACUACUCGGAUAUCCGAUCCACGGCAAGCGAUCCCGCCGACCUCAACCCAGAUGCUGCUUGCCCGUUUCCAGUCGAUACGUCCAACGACGGCAUCGCGCGAAGAGAUUACGCCUUUGAAGUGAAAGAACAUACGGAUGCCGAAGCGGACGGUGAUGAUGAACUGGUCACGAACGAUGAGGACGAAGGGGACGACAUGACAAACACUGUGGACGACCGCGGCGCAGCAGGGGACGAGGCUAUCGAGGAGGACUACUUCACGACGCCCGUUGCCACUCGGUUCAACAGCGCAGACAUCUCGGUCGAAUCCCCACGCCCGCCCACGUCGCGCCGAGUGCCGCUACACAACCGGACCCUGUCUACCAACACGAUACUGUACGCGCCAGAGGAAAGCCGCCCAUACAGCUCCUCCUCGGCCUCGGCCUGGCCCGUCUCCCGCAACAUUUCCUCGCGCCCCAUCACCGCCCGCCAUACCCCCGUCGCAACCCCUGCCACACCAGGCACCGGCCGCCGCUCCCCGCGGCGCUCCCUCUAUCUUGCUUCCCGUCCGCGAUCUAUGAUUGACCCCAUGUCGUCCCGCACGGCAGUGCACACCCGCACCGGCGGGCUGACACUCGACAUCCCCAUUGGCACCUCCAUUUCCCCCAACAGACCCCCCCUCCGCCGCCGCUCCCUGGCCGACCUCGCCGCGUCAGCAAACGCGGACGCGGCUGAUAACAACAACAACACCAAUACCCCGAGCAGCCUGCGCAGCAUCGGCAUCGACGAUAUCAGCAUGCCCCGGCACCGCCACCACGGCCACAGCAGCAGGAUGAUGAUGCUCGCGCGCAUGAAGUCGCUGGAGGCCAGCCUGGGGGACAUGGUGCGCGAGAUGCGCACGCUGCGCAUGUCGGUGCCGAAUACGGCGCAUAAUUCUGACGGGGAUGCGGCCGAGGUUGGGAGUGGCGGCAGUGGGAGUGGUGGUGCUGGUGGUAGUGCUGGCGUGCUAAAUAGUAUUAAACCGUCUUCGUCGUGGGACAACAGGCAGCACCGUCACACGCAUACACAUCAUGGCGGGCAACAAGUGAGGAUGCUGGCCGGGUCGGAUCCGACUUCAGUUUCUGGCGGCACUGGGACUGGCGCCGGCGCUGCUGGUGGUGUUGCUUCGCGCGGGCAGGCUUUGAUUGAGGUUGCUGUUGGGUAUGGGAGGGAGAGGGAGAGGGAGAGGGAGGGAGGAGGUGGGGUGGGAACUAGGAGGAUGCGGGGUGCUGUUGUUGCUGCGACUGCGAACACGGCUGCGUCGAGGAGAGGGGUAUGGCCUGGGAGGAAGGGGGGAGCUUGGAGGAGUCCCAAGGCUGAGGGCGGCGGAGGCGGUACUGCCGACUUGGGGAUUGGAGGGGGCAGUGGGUCCGGGGUUAAAGAGAAGGGAAAGGAGAGGGAAACUGUUGUUGGAGGCGGUGGUGGGGGUAGUUUGAGUACGGGACGCUCUCCUGACGAUGGGGAUGAAUUGGAGGUUGCGGCGAGUGGGCUUUCGUUGUGA